UAUCAUUAACAAAAACUCCGAGUUUGAGAUGUCUAUAUGUAAUUGAUAAUUUUUGAAUUUAUUAUUGUUAAUUUCUAUGAAAAUGAAAUAAGUUUUACCUAAAAUGUUCGUAUUUUAGGUUUUAUUUAAGUUUAUCCAUAGAAAGAAAGAAUUAAAUAUGAACGUAUAUAAUCCAAUGCAAGGAAUGCAAGAAAUGGGUAUGGUAUGGAUGGGAUCCCAGCAAGCAGCUGGUGAUGUUCCAAUUGGGCUCGUCCCUCCAGAUCCAGAGAUGCUUCUAGAACCACAUGAAAAUAUGUAUUACACUCCUUCACAUCACAGUAUGUCCAGCCAAUCAAUGGAAGAUAUGCAUAGCACUAUGCAGAGUUCCCAUAUGGAUCCUUCUGAAAGCUAUGACAUGAUGCACUUUAUUGACAUGAAGAAUGAGAGCAAUGAUUCCAGCUAUCUUGACGAAGACAGCUCUCAGCCUGUAUAUAUGAUCACGACAGCCACACAAACUUUGCCUUGUCCGACGAGAAAAAUCAAGCCCGUGAAACAUCCUGGUCUCGUCUUAAAAACGCCUAUUGCUUACCAAGGAAAUACUGACCCAUCGGUGAUACCUAUUCAAAAAGAUGGAAUAGCUGUCUGUGAAAAAUGUGGAGCAAUAGGGGUCAAGCAUGCAUUUUAUACAAGAGAACGCAGGUUCUGUUCAAUGGCCUGCGCUCGAGGUUAUAGCGGACUUAUACCUGAACCACUGCCACCAAAUCAAGACAUUCCUGAGACCAAAUAUCCAUAUGCAAGAUAUCGUUUCUCUAUGAAUUUUAAUGAUGACUAUUCAGAUUGCUAUAUAGAUCCAAGGCUACCUCAGUUAGAAAAACCUCCUCCCACCGUGGAUGAUACAGUGCCUCUAGUAAGAAGAAAACCAUCUGAGUUAGCCAACUCUUUUAGCUGGGAUUCACAACUAAGUGACAGGUACUUUGUGGCAGCUCCUGUAACUUGCUUUAAGCAUGCCCCAAUGGCGGAUAUUUGGGAAAACAUUAUGGUUGGAAUGAAGGUGGAAGUGGAAAAUACAGAUUGUGAUAAUGUCUCUGAUGCCAUUCCAGACUCAUUUUGGGUAGCUACAGUCAUGAGAAUUGUGGGUUAUAAAGCUCAGCUAAGAUAUGAAGGAUUUGGUGCUAAUGAUUCCAAGGAUUUUUGGGUUAGCUUAUGUUCAAAUCAGGUUCAUCCUGUUGGCUGGUGUGCGACAAGAGGAAAACCACUUAUACCUCCAAAAACCAUAGAAAAUAAAUAUAACGACUGGAAAGACUUUUUGAGAAAGAGAUUAACUGGCGCUAGGACACUGCCUUCAAACUAUAGCAAUAAAGCUACAGAAAGUCUUAAAUCUAGAUUUGAUAUCGGUCUUAAUUUAGAAGUAGUGGAUAAGAAUCAUAUAUCGCAAGUAAAAGUGGCCGUAGUACAUAAGAUAUUAGGUAAAAGACUUAACGUAAAGUAUUUCGAUAUGGCGCCGGAAGAUGGUGGAUUUUGGUGCCAUGAAGACUCGCCUCUCUUACAUCCCGUCGGAUGGGCCCGAAAAGUUGGUCAUCACUUGGUAGCACCAAUUAAUUAUAUUGAAAGAACUAGUCAAGGAAUUUAUGAGGAUGAGGAUGCCACUGAAGAACUUUUUAACCCGAUUCAAGUGGGAUCCCCAGACUAUAAUAACUCAGGUUUCAGAAUUGGUAUGAAACUCGAAGCAAUUGACCCUCUUAAUUUAUCCUCGAUAUGUGUGGCUACUGUGAUGGAUGUUCUACAUUAUGGUUAUAUAAUGAUUAAAAUUGACACCUACGAGUCCGAUAUUGGAGUAGGCGCUGAUUGGUUUUGCUAUCACGUAAAAUCGCCAUGCAUUUUUCCAGUAGGGUUCUGCCAUAAACACAAUAUACCUCUUACCCCACCAAAGGGCUAUGACCAGGCUUCUUUCGAUUGGAACUCUUACCUCAUCCAAACCGGCCAUAUUCCCGCAGAUCCAGGUUUAUUUAACACAUACGUACCUUUGCACGGUUUUGUUCCCGGCAUGAAGAUCGAGGCAGCUGAUUUGAUGGAUCCUAGGUUGGUGUGCAUUGCCACCGUAGGAAAAGUCGUUGGCAGAUUAUUAAAAAUUCAUUUUAAUGGUUGGGAAGAGGAAUUUGACCAGUGGCUGGACUGUGAAAGCUCGGAUAUUUAUCCGGUAGGCUGGUGCCAAAGUGUCGGCUAUAAACUUGAAGGGCCCCCAGUUCAUAGCAAAGCUAGUCAACCCCAAUCAAAAGUUCCAAAAGUAAAAAAGAAGCGAAAGAAGAAAAACAAAGACAGCUGCAAGAAUAGUUCCGUUGGAAGUUCAUCGUCGACUUCUCAUUCAAUAAGAACGCCCAAGACUGAAAGCCGGGAGAUAUUUGACUCUGAGCAAUACAUCGAAAAUGAUGUCCCCGAAGCUGAUCACGAUGAUAACUCGGUCAGUGUCGAUCUGAAGAGUGAAACUAGUGAGGACCACCAAGGGCCUGAAGCAGGAGAAGAAUCUAUAGGUCCCGACCAAAGCUUACCUAUUGCCUCGAGUGGACUGCCUAGAAUGCCUAUACCGAUUAUGGAAAAUUCUACAGCUAUUAAAUCUGAGCCUCCAGAACCUAAAGUUGAGCCAGUGAAUCUAUUUUCGGCUUUAGAGUCAUCUGCAGCUGCGUCUACAAACACACCUACACCCACCAGUACAACAGCCGUUAGUACAAGUCCGAAAGUAAUACCGCGAUUAAUAGAUAACGGUAACAAUAUCAACAAUUCAAAAGGAGAGUUGUGUCCGUCGGAAUGGUCCGUAGAGGACGUAUCCGAGUUCUUAAAUGUUAACGACUGUGCAAACUAUUGUGAGGCGUUUAGCAAAAAGCAAGUGACUGGCCAGGCUCUCUUGGAUCUCAGCAAAGAAGAUAUACUCGAAUAUACGGGUGGCAAGGUGGGACAGCUUAAAAUUUUUGAUCUGAUCCAACAGUUGAAAAUGAAGGUUAAGCCUUCGUCGCUACGCCAUCUAAAUAUAAAAGCCAAUAUCAAAAAGAUUUUAUAGUGCCUGAUAUAAAGCAAAAGUAAAUAUUUAGAGGUGCGUAAAUUAUAUUUAUUUUUACUUGA